AUGACGAAAUGCAAUAGGAGUGAAACUAAUCUCAAAAGUACUGCGUAUAAUCAUAGUGGGCAAAACUAUUUCGAGCAAUUGACGGCAUACAAUUCGAUGAGUUCACACUUACGACGCGUUUUACUGGCGAAAUCUGCUAUCGACGCAAGAAACAAAAACUAUACAAGCAAAGGAAAACAAUUUUGCAAACAAGUCAAUUGCAAACCACGAUUUACGAAAACAGGGAUUAGGAAUGACGUAAUCAAUCGAUUAGCAUACGAUACUCUGCAUCAUCCAGUGGAUGUUCUACGAAUGAUUUACGACCCAAGAUAUCUAUACCACUGUGAGGACCAACAAUAUUUUCCUGACUGUUAUGAUUACGAUGUGAUUUGUUCACAGUCAAAACUGCACAAUGAUAUAAUUUCUGCGAGAUCGUCGGCAUUUAAAGUGAAUAAAAUAGAAACGUUUACAUCUAACGAUGGUGAAAUAAAUCAACAAACGACGAAUACCACGUUUAAGCAUCAAGACAUGUCGCAACACAGGUACGAGAAAGAUUCAAUGCUUUACAAAACCGUUUCCGACUUUCAAAUGCAAGAAAUCGAUCGUUCCUCGAUGGCGGUAAAUUCGCCAAGACGCAACGAGAGUUUCGAAAUCGAUCAAGUAUCCACAGACGUGACGUGCAAUCAGAAAUCACACGUAAAAGAGGAUGAAGCGAAAUAUAUCAAUUUUGUGUAUGAAAUUACCCGGGAAAUACUACACAGCGGUUUGUAUACAGAUGAACAGUUGCGAGAUGUGUUUAAGAAACACUUGGAAAGAAAUAAAGAAUUUCUGAAUAUGAAUAAAAUGAUGUAUGAAAUCUAUCAAUUGAAACUCGCUUUAAAUAUGUCUGAGGACUCAGAUGACGAGGAAUUCGAUGAUCUUGUUCUGAAUCAACGAUUAUAUAAUCAUGAAAAACCUCGACCGCCGACACCACCGAAAAAUUUAAACGAAAAUGAAGUCGUAGACAAGUUAAAAUCAAUCCAAACUGGAAAACGACGCUGCAGACAUAGUAGCAUUAAAUCGGUUGUAUUAGUUGAUGCAAAUCCGGAACUAGUUCUAACCGAGAGAGAUGUACUUACAUCGUUGAUAGAAUCUAAUAUCGGUCCUGUACAAGCUCAACAGAUUUAUAAAAAACUUUCUAUCAAAAGCAAAGAUAUAAUUCACACGACUUCAAUACCGUCGAGAACAAAACGAUCGAGCGAUGACGAUAUAACUAAUAGUGCAAAUAAUACGCCUCAACCAAGUUUAACAGAAUACAUCGAUUCACACAACGUUGAAGAACGGGAAUAA